CAUCAAAUAUUUUAAUAAUAUUUUUGUAACAUUGCAUAAAAACUUUUAUACGAUGUCUUCAGAGCACAACUGGUCAUCCAAUAAGAGCCAAUCGCUUCGGCGUCGGGUCUCUGAAAGCAUAUAUCGGCCCAACUUUUACCGCCAGCGGAGCAGUAGUUGUGGUGAUUAUAGGAAUCGGAUUAACGGCACGAUAUGUGAGGAUAAUUACGGCUAUACCGACGAUACGGACAGCUCUGACGACCGCCGGAUUAGGAUACAAGUGAUUAGACGCACGAGUCUGUCGGUCAAUAUGAAUGGCAUAUCUCGGGGCGGAGUCGCGGCCAACGGCGGUGUCUGUCCGCUGGAAGCGGUCGAUGAGAUCGUGCCGUCAACGACACCGACCAUCGCGCGGAAGGCGAGCGCCAAAAACGAGCUCAUAAUAAGCAUACCUGUGCUCAUCGAUGACGACAACUCAUCCAUUAAUAACGCAAAAUUCAAAGAGGCUUUUGACCCGCCGUUCGCCCGCCGGGAGCCAGAAAUGCAGUCUUCGUGGACUGUAUUGAAGCAAAUGCUGAUACCAUUCCUGAUCGCUGGCAUCGGUUCGGUUGGCGCCGGCAUUGUGUUGAACUCUGUGCAGCACUCGGACUCAUUCGUGGCAAUCCCCCAACUGAUCAUCAUGGUCCCCUCAUUCCUCGGCCUUAUCGGCAAUAUCGAGACCACUUUGGCCUCUCGACUGUCCACUCACGCAAAUCUGGGUACUUUGGAUGUGUUGUCUCAGCUCAAGGCUAUGGUUGUGGGCAAUGCGGCCGUUGUCUUAUGUCAGGCGGCGUCCGUCGGUCUGUUCGCCGCCUUCGCAUCGUUGGGCAUAUCGUAUAUAAAGACCCCGAAAGAGACCAAUUUGGACCUGGGGCAAUUAGUACUUCUAUUAUGCGCCAGUUCCGUAAGCACCAGUGUGGUAGCUAACGUGAUAUUGGCCACAGCAAUCACCUUGGUUAUUAUUGUCGCCCGAAAAAUUGAUAUUAAUCCCGAUAAUAUCGCGACACCGAUCGCGGCCUCGAUGGGCGACGUGUGCACGAUCUCAAUACUGGCCAUUAUUAGUGAUUUUUUAUACAAAAACACAAUCAAUGGUCGGAUAUGGAUAGCGGUCGUAGUGUUGACUGUUUUACUACUGUCUGCGCCCAUCACUGGAUUCAUAGCCCGUAGGAAUCGGUACACGAAAUCAGUGAUACUGACGGGUUGGACACCCAUUUUGGGCGCAGUUAUCAUUGAACAGCCCGGGGGUCUCGUCAUGGAAAGUGCUUUUGAUAAAUACGAUGUCAUGUCAACCUUUCAGCCAUUGGUUAAUGGAAUCGGUAGUAAUUUAGUGGGAAUACAGACGAGCCGUUUGUCAACAUUUCUGCACCAAACGGCGCCCAAAGGAAAACUACCCAAAAGUAAUCCGCGGGCGUGUGUCCAGCCGUGCGCCACAUUCUUUGGCUCAGACGUUCACGCUCGGAUGGCCCGGCUACUAUUGGGCAUAACAGUGCCGGCACACGCCCUAUACCUAGUGAUCAUACGGUUAUGGCAGCGAAACUUCAUAUUCACGGUGCCGUUUGUGGCGGCAUAUAUGGUGGCCGUCAUCGCACAGAUAGCUAUACUGUUAUACUUGGCUUAUGUGAGUGUGUUGUGGGCGUGGAAACGACACAUCAAUCCCGACAACUCUGCCAUACCGUUCACUUCGGCGUUGGCCGACGUCUUCGGCAACUGUCUAAUGGCCGCCGCAUUCACUUUCCUCAACGCUAUCGACGACCCAAACGCUCGCUUCCGUGAAGUGAUGGCCACUUCAGCCAACGCUACCUUUUCUACGGUAUCUACUUUUGCCGACACAACCAACUCUUCGUUA